CAUGCACAAACAUGGCUGAACAAGAAACUCUUUCGAAUGUUGUGAAAGGUUUGCAUCAAAGAUUGAGAACAAAACUAAAAGAAGCAAAUGGAGAUUUUGAGAAAAUAUGGAAAGAUCACUGUUCAGAUAAGGAAAGUCUACAAAAAUAUGCCACUGCAAUGCAUUCAUUAGCUACUGACCAGUGGACAAAAAACUCCCCAGGGGGUAGGGCUGAUUGGUGUGUCAAGACAUGUCAGGAUUAUUUUAAUGGCGGUGGAUUAGCAUCUGCUCUAGAGAAGCAGAAAAGAAGAUUUGAAAAGGAAAUGGCAACACCAUGUUGUUGUUGUUUGAACAUUUCUUAUGAUAGUGGUUCUAUUGUGGAAGGCAAGUUGAAUCUCUUGGAUGUUGGUAGCUGCUAUAACCCCUUCAGUGCAUAUUCAGAAUUCUCAUCACUUGCUAUUGAUCUCUACCCAGCUAAAGAGUCUGUCUACAAAUGUGAUUUUUUAAACCUGAACGUGAGCAACAAGAAUAUCUCAGAUUCAGAUAGCAAAAACAAUUCCAGUGCUUUAUGCAGUUGCAAAGGAAACAGCCCCCAGUCUUUAAGUGCUGAGAAGGAACAGCAGAAUAACCUGCCUGAUUAUGCAAGAGAUCCAGUUGGCUCCACAACUGAAGAAAAAUUACCCUCUAUGAAUAGACUAUUUCCUUUUUCUCAAGACAGCUGUGAURUUAAAGGAUUUCUCACAAGCUCAGAGAUCUCAGAAUUACCAGCUGCUUAUUUCCAUGUUAUCAUUUUUUCACUUCUUUUGUCUUAUUUUCCCACACCUGCCCAAAGAUGGACAUGUUGCAUAAAAGCACACCAACUCCUUGCUGUAAAUGGUAUCCUAAUUAUCAUAACACCUGACUCAUCACAUCAGAAUCGUAAUGUUGCAAUGAUGAAAUCCUGGAAAGCUGCUAUAGAAUCUAUAGGAUUUAUUCGAUGGAGAUACCUCAAGGAUACACAUGUCCAUUGCAUGGUUUUCAGAAAAGUUUCUCCAUGUCAUCAUAGUUGUUCUAAAACUUGUAGUUGCAAAAUCAGUGUCAAUGUUACUCCUGAUAUGCUCUACAUGCGGCAAGAUUUCUCUGAUGAUAAAGCUUCUGAUAAUGCCAAUGAUGAUACUAAGACAAAUACUUGUGAUGUGAAUGCGCACAAUGGCAUGGAUCACAAAGUUCCUGAACCACAGARGAAGAAAAGGAAAGCUGAACUUUCUCAAUAAGUGCUUUUUGACAUAUUUCAUGGAAAUAAACUUCAUAUUUUUAAGAAUAAACUGUCAACAUUUUUCUUACUGUAAA